AUGUUCGUUAAGGGUACCUAUGACGACCAUAUUCACGUGGAAUAUAAUCAUAACGACGAACUGACGUACCUUGUGGACCUCGGAAGAGGUAAGGAGAUUUUGUAACCGAGAUGUAAUCGACCGAACUUGUAUUGUAUGAGAUUAAAUAAACAUUAAAUAUAUAUUUGCAUGCGAUCCACUCUCAGCAAAUCGUUCUUAGAGCAACUUAGAAAAAGAAAUGAGAAGAAAAAGUACUGAUUUUAAAGAGCUUGAAACAAGAUGCUUCAACUUUCAAUUUUAAAAACUGGUUGACGUGGUCACUGUGAUUUGUUUCCAGGGAAGAGAAAAAUAAUGGCAAAGGGCGUGAAGCUGGACGACAACAAAUGGCACACAUUUCGACUUGAGCGAGUUGGACGUUCGUUCAACAUAACCAUCGACAAUGCAAGUAAACCACAAGGUAUAAGAGAUAUAGUUCAUGUUAUGAGGUCUAGUCAACAAGUUUUAAAAAAAUAACAUCAAGCGUAAGCCCUUUUGACGCUUAGUUUUCGUUUUUCACUGAUGCAUAGAUUCGAAAGGUCUCCACGAAUCACUAUUGUUUAUCCUAUCAUCCAGACAGAAAUCAGUUGCUAUGAUUUAUUCAGACUUUUUUAAUAAAUUUCUUCAUUGGAGAAGCGAUUAAGAAUAAAGAACUGUUUCGAAAAGAUCGUGUUAGUCUGUAUUUCUACUUUCGAUCAGCAAACUGAUCAGCGUCCAUCGUGUUCGUGCCGUAAUGUAAUUGUGCAUGAAUGCAUUUGAACAUUAACAACACGUGUCUCAAGAACUGAUCGUUGAUCUGAUCUGAACUGUCUGAUCGUUGUAACUCAGCACUUGGUGCAGAUGUUAAUUCUGUAAUAAUACAUUUCACUUUCAAAUUUGAUCUAUUUGAAAUAGUUGUAUUUGUAAUCUUUCAAUUUUUGCAUUGUCAUGCAUUUUAUACAUGAGUCUUAGGAUCAGAUAGAGAAGAUAAUGAUUGAAUAUAAAUCAAGGGAUUUCCACGAAGUAAGAGAUUGUAUCUUACUCAACCCAUUUUAAAUAAAUCGGUAAGAAACAAACUUCUGCCUCAUUUGACUCUUUUCAGUAUUAUUAUUACUAUUAUUUUUUCAGCUAUUGGAGAAGUUCCCGGAGACUACAACCAUCUCGAUAUACCAAAAUCAAAGGGUUAUUUCCUGGGCGCGCCGAAUUUUCCAAAUUUUAUUGGCUGCAUUCGGGAUCUCAAGGUUGAUGGAGAAGCAAUAAUUGCAAAUGCUGUGGGGGGAGCAAGCGGCUACUCAGUUACAAACAAGGAUGAAAUGAAAUUAUGCACCGAAAGUGACCAAGAGUAA